UGUCAAGCAUAAAAGUAGUGCACUGCUUUACCCCUGCUCUCACCCAAAUUGUUCCCUACAUUACACUCUUCCCCUUUUAAAGCAUGGCUUAUUAUGGCACGGCAAAACAAUGGAUCUCGCUGUCCCAGCUAAGUACAGGUUGAAGAGGAUGAAAAGAGAAGACACAUUUCUGUCGGGGAUAGUAAAAAUGGAAUGACAUAACAGCAACAGAGAACUCUACUACUUGAUUAACUUCAGUUGGAUUAGUAAAACAUGCCCUCUGUAGACUUUUAAAUUAACAUGUUUUUGUAAUGAAUACAACUGGAACACUUUUUUGUGGAGUUUCUACAUUCCACAUUUGCCUGGCUCGGCUAUGGGAGCAGAGGGUUCAUCGUUGGGUUUUUGGAACGUUCUCGAGGACUUGAAAAGCAGAUGUGAUUCUUGGCUGGUUUGGGACUGUGUGUCAAAAUUCCAGUUAGAUUGUGGCCAGGUUUGCUGCAACAUUGCUGACAUUUUGGAUUCCUAUGGGGUAACUAAGUGGACAAUAUGGACUUUGAAACCGAGCAACUACUAGGUGGAGAUUUCAUCUCAAUUAGUCAUAAUCAGCUCAGCUCUGCAUUAUCAGUGAUACUGCUUUAAUGCACUGCAAUCUCUAUGUAAAGAGUUGCUCAGUUCUCAGUUUCUUUGACACAACUAGUCUUGUUAACACUUGCCCUCAUGGCAUCUGGGCCUUGCCCCCUGACCGGAGCAGAGAGAGCUAUGUGUAGACUGGUCCACUGUGGACCCCGACCUCAAGCUAUGCUAAGGCCGUUACACUUGGAGCUACAGGUGUAUGUGGCCAAAACAAGAACCAAGCAAAAACACAGGAUGGAGGCCUCUUGCUUGGAGUUGGCCUUGGAAGGAGAACGUCUGUGCAAAGCUGGGGACUUUAAAGGGGGAACAGCGUUUUUUGAGGCAGCCGUACAGGUCGGCACAGAAGACCUGAAGACCCUCAGUGCCAUCUACAGCCAGCUGGGCAAUGCCUACUUCUACCUCAAAGAGUAUGGCAAAGCCCUGGAAUACCACAAACAUGACCUGACUUUGGCCAGAACAAUAGGAGACAGAAUUGGAGAAGGAAAAGCCAGUGGCAACCUUGGUAACACAUUAAAAGUGUUGGGGCGCUUUGAUGAGGCUGUUGUGUGCUGUCAAAGACACCUGGAUAUUUCUCAAGAGCAGGGAGACAAGGUUGGAGAGGCUAGAGCCCUGUAUAAUAUAGGGAACGUGUUUCAUGCCAAGGGCAAACAGCAGUUAUGGGGCUGCAGCCAGGAACCAGGGGACCUGCCUCCUGAUGUCAGAGACACUCUGCAAAGGGCUACUGACUUUUAUGAGAUGAACUUGUGUUUGGUGAAGGAACUUGGAGACCGAGCUGCUCAGGGGAGGGCCUACGGGAACCUGGGCAACACCCACUAUCUGCUGGGAAACUUUGUCGAAGCUAUCAAGUUUCACCGCCAGCGAUUAUCCAUAGCCAAAGAAUUUGGGGACAAAGCGGCAGAACGGCGAGCCUACAGUAACCUAGGCAAUGCCCUGAUAUUCUUGGGCCAGUUCAACACAGCCACUGAAUACUACAGGAAAACUUUGCAGCUUUCCAGGCAGCUGAGGGACCAGGUGAUGGAGGCUCAGGCCUGUUAUAGCCUUGGAAACACUUACACUCUUUUGCAGCAGUAUGAGAGGGCCAUAGACUACCACCUGAAACAUCUGUACAUAGCCCAAGAGCUUACUGAUAGAGUUGGAGAGGGCCGUGCCUGCUGGAGUCUGGGAAAUGCAUACGUGUCUUUAGGGAACCACAAACAAGCUUUCCACUAUGCCCGAAAGCACCUGGACAUCUCUAAAGAAAUUGGAGACAGAAAUGGGGAACUGACAGCCAGAAUGAAUGUGGAGCAGCUGAUGGAUGCUCUGGGGGUCAAUGAGAGCGACCUUUCACCCUCCAGUUCAGAGUUUGAGAUGCAAGGAGCAAGACCCAAAUUCACCAAGAGAAACAGCAUGGACAGCGUCGAAUUGUGGAAGUACUCUUCAGAUAAGAAUGGUGAGAACCAAGACUUGGAAAGCAUACCCAGGAGAUCCAAAAGUCAGCUGUCGCAGCCCGGCAAAAGAAAAGGCUAUCCUGACAGCCAAUCAUCAGAUGAAAGGCCGUGGUUGGACUCUCCUGUAGACACUGAUGACAUCACUGUGCAAGUCCCACCUCCAGUGCCAAAGCUGGGCCGUGACCCCUCCGAUGAAGACUGCUUUUUCGACCUCCUUAGCAAGUUUCAAAGCAGCCGCAUGGAUGACCAGCGCUGCCAUCUUGAUGAUCCACAGAAUGGAGACAACGGAGAAGGUGCUGCAAACUCCGUGCCAUCCCUGAACGAGUUGAUAGAUCCUGCCAUUACCACUUCUCCCCAGACUGAGGAGCUGUUUGAUUUGAUUGCUAGCUCCCAGAGCCGCCGUCUCGAUGACCAGCGGGUUAAUGUUGGUAACCUUCCAGGCCUGAGGAUUACCCAAAACAAUCUGGGACACCUAGUGGGUGAGGGAGAACAUCAAGAACCUAGUGAUGACUUCUUCAACAUGCUUAUCAAGUGCCAGUCCUCUAGGAUUGAUGAUCAGCGGUGCUCCCCACCAGAAGCAGGCCCCCACGCACCCACAGUGCCUGAUGAAGACUUCUUCAGUCUGAUACAGCGGGUACAGGCCAAGCGUAUGGACGAGCAGCGUGUCCAUCUGCCCUCAGACGACCAGGACGACCCUCCGUCCCCUGAUCCAGAGCCACCUGGUGGUUUUUCCAGCUAGGACUUGGUGAAUAAUGCUGCAUAACCUAAUGUCAAAGAAAAUAAAAGCAACAGAAAUGAAAUAGGGAUGAGCCAACAUUUAAAGACGGCACUGAAGAGUGAACUAACAAGUUUUUAAUAACAAGACAAAUCUUAUGUGCAAUAGGUGGUGCCCUGUCAAAUGUUGCUCAAUGUACUUUGUUCUAAUGUGUGAUAAUAUAAUGGGAAAGCAAGCUGAAUUUUAGCUCGGUGGUGUGGAGAAGAAGAAAAUAUGUUUAGGGUAACAUGAAACAAAUAUGAAAUCAGUCCUCAAUAAUGCCUUAAUCAACAUUUUUUUCCAGACUCAAGAUUGUAUUCCCUGGUGUCAGAUGUGUUCGGUAGAAGCACAUGAUGGGCAUACAGUUCAAUAUGGACAAUUAAUGUGGAGAUGUACAGCAUGAGUUGUUGGAUUCGCAUAAACUGUAAAAAUAAUGGACGUAGUAGCAGUGACAUCACCCAUUGGUUGUGGAGUACCGUUUUGAAACCCCGAGUUUGGCAAUUUGACUGUUGCCAUCUUGUUUUUUUUUUAAACCAGACAUAGGAGGGUGAUGCGACCAAGCCUGUGUUGUCUAUUCUUGCAAUGGUGCUGCGCUAAACUAAACAUUAAAGAGGCAAAGUUGACGGUUUUCAACCUUCUGAAGCGACUUAUAUGGCAGAGGUUUACCAGCAGGUGUGCAGGCCUCUGGGUACUUUGUACUUUGUUGACGUGAAAACACAAAUUGAGAUAUUCAAAGCUUAAAACGAAAAUGUGGACUUCACCCAAAACUAGUCCACAUAUAUUUUAAUGUACACCUCUGUCCUGAUUGACAGAUCCGUGUUUAGCCACGCCCUAAAGCAUGCCCUGCUUUAUUAUCUAUUUUAAAAUAAAUGGGACCAUAAUUUACAAAAUGAAUGUCAUGCUGUAUUGAACAAGAGGUGAAAGUAGCUACUGAGGCCAUAAAUUAAUUAUGGAAAUGUUUACUGACAUAAUAAAUCAAGUGAGAAGUAGGGUCAUUUUCUCAAAGACUUUCAUGCAAUGGGACUUAUUCUUGCAACGGUGGAGUCGCCCCCUGAUGGAAAUUAGAUAGAAUGCAGGUUUAAGGCACCCACUUCUCAGACCCUCAGGCUCCUUCUAUUGUUUUUGACGGUAUAUGGGGAAUCAAAAAGACUUAAUGAUAGGAACAAAGUUCACGAAAACGACAUAGACAUGACAGAUUUGCACUGAAAUCUUUACCAGUUUUAUAAAGACAUGAAUGAUAUAUACAUACUGUACGUAUGUAUAUACACACACCAAUUGUCUUUAUCAAACAAGUUUAUUUUCAACAAAAUUUAACAGUUCAGUUAUACUCUGAUCAAUGCUGCUUUUUUCAUUUGAUGUGUUGUGGUUGACACUGCUCAUGGAGAACUGGUGUUAUUUGUGCAGUAACAGUAUUAAAAACCAUCAUCCAGUGUUAAACACACUGCUUCGGUCAGUGUAAACUUUCCACUGAUUGAUCACCAUUCAUUUUUUUUCUGACUUAGACAAAGUAAUAUCAUUUAUUUAAACUGACAGACUAAAAUAAGACUUUCCACAUAAAUGUUAUUUAUUUGCAUUUCUGCAUUUAUAAAAAUGCAUCUCGUUACACAGUAUGCAGUAAUCAAGGUUACUGAGCAAACAAUAUGAAAUAGCUGCUUUUUCAUAGUUUAAAGAUUAGAGAUGUGUUAUAAUUCGAGCUCCAAUGGAAUGUUCUUAAUUUUAGCUUUAAAAGUAAGGCUUUCUGCUGCCCAUAAUGUUCUGAAAAUCUGAUAACAGACUACUGCUUUCUGCCAUCAUUAUUGUUAUUACUUAACAUAGAAAUAUAAGCAGACAGAUAAGAUGGAUGUGUCCUAUUUUGAAGAAUUUAAUACCAUCACCAAAGCACAAAUUUGAGGUUGUGCUUUCGGUUUGCUGACCCCCUAUGGUCAAAACAUGGUAUUACCCAUGGGAUAUUCAGACGACAAUUGAUUGGGGAUAAAAGGCACUCUCUACUCUUGAAUAUCUGUAGGACAACAUUAUAAUAAUAAUAUUUUGUGAUACAAUAUGAUUGUGAAAUCUUUCCUUUGGUCUUAGUAACUUAAACCAUAAAUGGGGAGCUUUUUGCAAAUCAUUUCAUGAAAGUUAUAUUGUGUCAUUUUAGUUCACUCUUCAUUUCUAUCCAUUUGUUGCCAUGAAAGGUCCAAAAUCAGUAAGAGAGACAAACUGCAGCAAAGUGUUUGAAAACCUUUUGCUGUACAGAGCAUCUGUAUAAUGGUACUGUACAAGACACAUUUGACCUUA